CUGUCAAAAUAUUAGACUUGGAGUACUCGGCUACUCGUCUUGUGAUUGUAAGGCAGCAAGUUAGCAACUAAUGGCUGGCAACCUGAGAAGCAAUUUGGUAUCUGGACUUAAUGAACAAGACGACAUCACUCCUCUUCAGUUAGUAAUAUCAAUACCACUUCACUCUGCAAACACAGGAGUACAGUUACCCACCAAUGGUAACAUCAUUUCAUCUCAGAAUGUAGUUGUUGGUGCUUCAGGGGAUUCCACUCCAUCUAUUCCUUUACCUCAACUUCCACCUGUCAUGAGUAGUGGGCAGCCCUCCUCUGCAAGCAAUGACCCAGAGAAGAGGAAACUCAUCCAACAGCAGCUAGUACUCCUCCUUCAUGCUCAUCGCUGUCAGCAGAGGGAGAGAGAGCAGCAGGUACACGGUGGGUUCAGACCCUGUGCUCUGCCGCACUGUAGGACGAUGAAGAAUGUUCUUAAUCACAUGACAGAGUGCCAAGCAGGAAGAGACUGUCAAUUUCCUCAUUGUGCUUCUUCAAGACAAAUCAUUUAUCACUGGAAGAACUGCCACCAGCAAGAGUGUCCUGUAUGCCUUCCUCUUAAAAACACCACUCGUCCCAACGUGGGUAGUUCCAUAGGCGGAGUUCCUAAUUCAAUGUUUGGUGGUGACGUCCCUCCUGUGAGUCUCCCACCACACCUGGUCCCAACAGGUACGAAUAGUUACCCAGGGCAAAUCGCACCACACUCUGCCCCUCCCACUGGGGACGUGGCUCAAAAUCAGCAAAUUACGAAGGACACUGCUGGUGCUAUGGCUCCUGGUCAGAAUCCACCUUUACCUCAAAAAGCCAGCCAGCCUCAAGGAGGAGGAGGAGGAGUUAAUCCUAAUCCAAUGGGACCAGCUCCUGGUCUCCCUCCUUCCUCUACCAGUGGGCCCAUGGGCCCUAAUCAAUCCAUGCCUCCUAACCAUGUUAGAGCGUGGCAUGCUGAAGUUAAUUUAGACCUAAGGAAUCACCUUAUUAAAAAACUAGUUGAAGCAAUAUAUCCAGUUCCUAAUCCAAACAGUAUGCAUGACAGUAGAGUGAAGAGCCUAUUCCAAUAUGCAGUGAAAGUUGAGAAUAUGAUGUUUGAGAAUGCAAGCAGUAGGGAGGAUUAUUAUCAGAAACUAGCAGAAAAGAUUUAUCGUGUUAGAAAAGAACUGGACGAGAAGAGACGAAUGAAUGAAAGAAGGAAAGCAGGUGCUCCUAAUGGCUUCCCUGAUGAUGGUCUUCAUCCAAUCACUGCCGUACCACAGAUGCAAGGACAGCCUAACAGCCAUUCACAAGGUGCCCCAGGCUUUCCUUUUAAUGAAUUCUCAAACCCUUCUCUCUCGUUUCCUCUAACUCCAUUCUCUGAGACGACCCAAAAGGACGUCCUUAAAGAGCUCAUCUCCUCCAUCCCUGGGGGCACCGGUACCCCAGGAGGACUCUACACCCCAUCACCCUCGGACCCGUCGGUCCCAACCGUCAAGAGCAAAAUAUUCUCUCCCCCCGUCUCUGCCCUCCCUCCCUCCUUUUCAGGACCUCCCCCGUCCUCUAAUAACAACUUUGAAGAUCAGACCCCACAGUCUGCUCUAAGAGCUCAUCUCUUGUCUCCAACCAGGACCAACUUACCUCCGUCCUCGGCUACUCCUCCUGUGUCCAUGGCCGAUAUGGAAGGCAUCAAGAUUAAGACUGAGACUCUCAUUUCAAAGCCGGAGUCUCAAGCCCCGCUUCCCAUCUCCGCCCCUCCAUCAGCUCUUCCUAAUAUGAGGACUCCACAGACUCCCCAGGAGACAUCAGUUGCUAGUAAGCGAAUGGGUCCAGUUGGAGCCAGGCCGAUGAUGCAGCCUGCUAGGUUUAACAUGCAUCAGUAUCGUCCAGGAGGGAUGGAUCCAGGCCCAGGGAUAGGUAUGGGUUUAUCAUCAGGUUUGAAUUACAUGUAUAUUUGUAAUAACUGUAGCACUCAUGUGGAGUUUAGGUGGCAUUGUAAAGAAUGUGAUGAUUACGAUCUCUGCACCACCUGUUAUCAUAAGAUUGGUCACGAGCACCCGAUGGAGAGGCUCGGUUUCAAUAUGGAAGACAAAGAGCCCGAAUCUUUUGUCUCAACUACCGUCUCUCGUGUGGAGAUGCAGAAGCAACGAAUCAAGUUCCUCAUCCAUGCCUGUCAGUGCAGUGACAGCUCAUGCUCUAAGCAGCUCUGUAUUAAGAUGAAGCAGUUACUGAGACACGCCCAAAACUGUAAGAUGAGGUCAUCGGGGAAAUGCUCUGUCUGUAAUUUCUUUGUCAAGUUGUGUGCGGCUCAUGCUCAAGAGUGUCGCGAGAUCAAGUGUCCAGUCCCGUUGUGUGCUAAUUUGAAAAAGAAGACAAGAGAGAGACGAAUGAGGGAGCAGUCUAGAAGUUUCCAACUUGCCGACCGACAAAUAAUGGCCAUGAAUCGCUCUCAUUUGUUCCCCCUUACUACUACUAAUGAGGAGAGCUCCAAUAAAUCCAGUGCAAAGCAAACUGGAAUUGUGAAUAAAUGGCUAAAAGAAGGUAGUGUUGAGCUGACUGUUACUCGUGUUAACUUGCAUGGACCUCCUGGAGCUGGAAAAACCUGUGCAUUGCAGCUUCUACUAAAUGAAGACCCACCUACUGAGCAUGUUACUGACAGUACACCAAUCGCUCGUCCAACUGUCAGAGCUACAAGAGUAUCCGUUGACAAUUUGAAGUGGGAGAAAGUUACUAGAGCUGGUUUACUUGAAAGACUAGCUUCUGAUUUAAUUGCGGCAGCUGCUACUCAGCCUGAAGAAUGUAUUGAAUCUACUUCACCUUUAAAUGUACCAGCACAUCAGCCAGAACGACACAAUGAUCCUAUCAUCAAUUCCACUUCUAUUGGAAAUUCUGCUCCUCCUAUCAUCAAUUCUGAUCCUAUCACUAAUUCUGAUUCUGAUCCUAUCAUCAGUCCUACUUCUAGCAUUGAUUCUGAUUCUAUAGAAACAAAUGAAACUAUCAUUUCAGAUAAUGAAGGGAGCUCGGUGUCAAAUGAAGCCAGUAAUGAUGAAACUGAAACUGUUAUUCAAGAAAUAUUAGGUGCAAUCCAACGAUCAGCAGUUCAGUUAAAUGAUGAUUGGUUGUAUAUCAUUGAUUCUGGAGGUCAGCCAGCAUACCAGGAGCUAUUGCCAUUGUUCAUUAGAACAGCUUCUCUCAAUAUCAUCACUCUUGAUCUCUCCCAACCUCUUGAUAAGAAGCUUGAUUUUCAGUACAGAAUUGGGGGAGAGACUUUUUUGUGUGGUUUGAAUUUAAAGUAUUCAAAUCGGGAAUUCUUUCAGUCUGCAGUUUCUUCUGGAGCCAUUUUGAAACCAAUUCAUGUUCCUCAUGUGCUUGAAACACCUUCACACCCAAUGCAUUUCGUAUUAGGUACACAUUAUGAUCUCAUAAAUCAAGAUAGCCUCAAAAAGAUUGAUGAAGAGUUAAUGUCUUCACUGAAGCCUGACAUACAAAAUUAUGUUGUUCCCAAUAAGCGUGGAGAGUCUAUUAUAUUUCCUGUUAAUACACUAAUCCCUGAAGAUGAAGGAAGAUUGGCAGCAGGUCAGAAAUUAUGUCAAUCAAUAGCAAAUUGUGGAGGCACUUCUCUCAAAAUAAAUAUGCCAAUUCGCUGGUUUGCAUUUGAGCUUUGGUUGCACAAGGUAGCAGAGAAGAAAAGCCGCAAUGUUCUCAUAAUAGAUGAAGUUAUAUCUGCUGGCACAAGGUUUCAAAUGAGUGAGAAUGAUACUAAGGAUGCCUUACGGUAUCUCCAUAAUGUCACUAUUGUCCUAUAUUUUCAUGAUAUCUUGCCAGAGUUAGUUUUCGUUGAUCCUCAGCCUAUUCUUGAGAUUCUGUCACGUUUAUUGGCUCUUACUUAUGUAGAAAGAAGUGCACUGCACCUAAUUACCAAUCCAGUACCUUUAGAUGAAGAUAUUAACAAGCUUCAUAAUUUUGGUUUCUUUCAGAAGGAGCUCUUGUCUCAUUUAAAAUCAGAUGUUAAGCUUUUCUUCCCACCACACUUUGAGCCCUCACAUUUAAUUAAACUUCUCAUUCAUCUUCGUGUCAUUACCAAAGCUACAGGAGGGAAUUAUUUUUUUCCGUGUGCUUUGCAGCCAUACACUGAUCUACCUAUGCCUCAAACAGAAACCAAACCUCUCCUUAUAGUCUGGCAAGAGACACAUGAUCAUUUUGGUCUCAAUUCUCUUCCAGUUCCACAGGGACUGUUUCCCUUACUCAUCACUCACCUCCUCAAUCAGAAAGAUCACUCCUGUAUCAUUGAAUUCCCUCCAUUAAAGCCAAGGUACUACAAGUAUCGCGAUGCGCUAUCUUUAUGGAUCAAAAUUAAAAGAAAACGUUACACACUUCACAUAAUCAAUCGCUACACACAUAUCGAGGUUUAUUUUGUUGGAUCAAUUGAGAAAGCAAAAGAGAAUUGCCUGUAUAUUCGUGAAAUAGUCAUGACAGCUGUCAAUCAAAGUGCUGAUGCCAUCAAUGUCAAGCGCAAUCACAUUAAUGCAUUCUUCUGUCCUAAGGAAAGGAACUGUUACUGUGUCGUAGAGGAAGACUAUUUGGAAAUCAAUUGUACACUGUGUACAAGGUCAGCUGAUAUAAGGGAAGAUGAUGAGAGCUACUGGUGCUGGUUUCAUUUAAAAGACUGUAGUUUAACAGAUUGUACCCCUGAAGCACUAAUCCCAGUUUUACAAUGUCCACUAGCAGUCAAUAUUUGUGACUUGGAUCAGAUCUUGACUGACAUGAAAGAGGGUCAUUUUCGUAAUCGCAGUUGGUAUGAUCUAGGACUGAAACUGGGCCUGUAUGAUACAACACUGAGUGACAUAGAAUCAAGCUCCUCUGAAGUUGAAGUGUGCCUUAGAAGGUGCAUUGCUGCAUGGUUGCAGAGAGCUGAUGGAGUAGAUGAUAAAGGAGGAGCAAACUGGACCACACUAGUUGAGUCUCUUGAACAAUGUGAUAAAAAGUCAACAGCUGAACACAUCAGAUGCAAGAGAUUAAGAGUAGCUGCUGAUCAAUCACUGACUGAUCCAGAAUUAUGCCCAACUAGCAGCAAGAAGAGUAAAAGUUCCUGUUGAGUUAUUAUAAUGAAAGAGAUAUGAGUGACACAAAUUCUAUUUAUACAUGCCAAUAUAAUUAUUAUUUCUACAUACUAUAUAAACCAUAAAGAAAUUUUAAAUUUUAUUAUGUAUUAUUUUAAUUCUUUUAUUUUUAUUUGUUUUGUAAUAAAAAGUACAUACAAUAC